AUGUUAAUGUCGCAGAUUACUUCAAUUAAAGAACUUCUACCUGUUUUGAGCAAAAAAUUGAGGAAAGGAGAUAGUGGGAAGAUUGGUGUGAUUGGAGGUUCUGCUGAAUAUACAGGUGCUCCUUAUUUUUCUGCAAUGUCCACCUUAAAAAUUGGUGCUGACCUUUCUUUUGUUUAUACACACCCUUCUGCUGCGCCAUCAAUUAAGAAUUACAGUCCUGACUUGAUUGUUUAUCCAACCACAGAUCUCGCAAAAAAUCGUAUUAGUUUAGAAAAGUUGGAUGCUCUUGUAUUUGGUCCAGGAUUGGGCAGAGAACAGCACACCAAAGAAUUGUUGAGGGGAAUCGUUGAAUUUGCGAGGAAUUCACCAAAAAUUUGUGUGGUUAUAGACGCUGAUGGACUUUUCUAUUUAAACGAUUGUUUUAAAGAACUUUCUCUUGGUGAUUGCCGAAAUAAUCUUCUAAUAACUCCAAAUUACAGAGAAUUUGAACGUCUUUACUCUAAAGUAUUUCCCGAAAAGCAAAUUGAUGAAAAAAAUAUUCGAGAACAUGUUAAAGAAUUGGCUGCAAUUUUGGGGAUUGUUAUUAUACGGAAAGGCGAAAAGGAUAUUAUUAGUGAUGGGAAUGAAUUGAUGAUUGAAGAUUCUGAAACUUCAUUGAGACGUUGUGGAGGGCAAGGAGACAUUCUUGGUGGAGCAAUUGCACUUUGUUCGUAUUGGGCGAAACUUAAAAGACUCAAAAAUACAAAGGAAAACAAUAAUUCUCAAUAUUUAACUAAUGAUUUAAUGAUUGGGGCUUUAGCAGCUUCCCAACUUCAACGAAAAGCUUCGCUUUAUGCUUAUCAACGAGUUGGGCGUUCAAUGCAAGCUUCUGAUGUUUUGGAAAGUAUUCCAGAAGUUUUGAGAGAAAUUGACCUUGUAUUGAAAGUGUGGAAUGAAAAUUAUAUUGUCUGA